CUUCUCUCUACGCUAUUCAACUCACCCACUCAUUUCUUACAGUCUUAACAUUUACUUUCUCCGUCGCCGGCGACGUGUACUAUCACCUACUCACAAUCUUUGUAUCAACCCAUUGCCUCAUUUUUGAUCUUACAAAAACGAACUCAUCGAAGGACUGAAUCAUGGCCAAACGAUUAGCGAAUCAUUCCAGGAUUGACCAAGACGAUUUGAGUUUAUCUCCCAAAGUAGAACGACCAACCUCGAUCCUCUAUCCGGCUGUCUCCUCAGACUCCGAUCAACAGAGCGCUUCUCAGAGUGGUUCAAAGGAUUCUUCGUCUGGUAGCCAAACAAAGAUCGAAGACGAAGACAACGAGUCAGGUGUCUCCCGUCCUAUCAUGUCGCUGUCAUCCAGUGCUAUGCAAGUCGACCGUAUUCCCUCCUCUUCGGCCAUUGAUGACCCCACUAUGAGGGUCAACGAUGAAUCAGUCGUCACGGAGGCAGAACCGGAUCUAAUACCUUGUCGGGCUUCGGCAUCCACGUCGUCCUCUGAUUUCAGUCAUCAUUCCCGACCCAAUCUUAAUGAUCGUCAAACUCACGGUGGCACUGACGACAGUGAGGACGGUAGUGGUAGUGAUACUGAUACGGAGUCUAAUGUCGGUGACUCCAAAUCCGGGAACGGUCUCGAGCACACCGACACUGAGAUUAUCGGCGAUGUCUCUGCCUCUGGUGCUGGAUAUUCCGGGUCCCAGUCGAGUCUGAUGUCGGUCCCGUCACAAUUGAUUCGUGACACCAUGGACGAGGUUUUGGCUAAGCCGAAUGACGGGCAAAACGAUGAAGAAGGGGAAGAGGGAACGGGAAAACUUCGAGGAUCAUUGGAACUAUCUGGUCAUGAGGAGUAUGAGGCACGAUGUACUAACAUCGACGAGGAUAGAGAUACCGACUCGGAUACUGAGACAGAGAGAGGUAUUGGUCGCAGUUGCGCUUACACGUCCUUCUCGACCGUAUCCUCCAUCUCCCCGACUUCCUCGACCUCUGAUCUUUCAAGCUCCUCCCAGUCUUCCAGCUCUUUCGAAUUGGAUGAUCCACCUUUCCCUCUACCUGUAAUUUCAAGCGUUGCGGGACCUACAACAACUACCCAUCCUGAACAGCCCCCAGCGCCGCCUUUACCCCAAACUGGUCUCCCCGAUAUACCUGUCCUCUGGUCUGAACGUGAUGCUGCCGCGGAACUGCCCAAAAACCAUAAUCCUCGAGGAAUGAAUGAAAAUUUCCAGGCGUCACGCACAAAUUAUAUCUUAGGUUUUUCUGACGUUCUGCCUCACGACAGCAAGUACAAAUAUGGAGUGGGAGAUGUGCAUCCAAGGAAAAUCCAUGACGUUGUAGAAGAGACAAAAGGCUGCGCUUCUUCCUUGAUUUCUUCUGUCAGCUCCCAUGUACCUCGCAUUGACCAUUCCGAUCCUCUCAACGUCCCUGAUUCCUCAUCGAGGACACACACGAUGUUGGAUUCGGAAAGUAUAUCUUCGAAAGAUCUUGUAUCUUCGCCACUUGUGGAUGUGCCGAACACGACCAUCAAGUCGAACGAUCAACUGGAGAAAAUUCGUGCUACGAAGAUCAGCGAUAAUGAGAAUGAGACUUCUCCCUUAGAUCUGUCUACCUCGGCAGGUCAAUCAUCGGCUCUUUCCUCAGAUGACCGAACAUCGACUCCCACACCCGCGAUUCUUAUGACUAGUCCUCUCAAAAGGAAACGUAGUCGAAGUGUAGAACAUCUUUCAGAAUGCAUCUCUGCCACUCAAUUUAUUGAAAACGAUUGGGAUAGGGAUAUUCUCUUUGCGCCCUCUCUUCCUUCUCCAUCUUCGAAUACGACCCCUUCUGCUUCUGGCGUUACCAUGCCCCAGCACCCUCCACGCAAGAGAGCUCGUAUCGAAAACAAUCCUUCCCUUUCAACCAGUCAACGACCUAAUUCCACCAAACGGCCUCUCACAGCGUCCGCCUCUUCCAAUUCGGUUUUCAGCCCUCCAGCCAGGAGGGACUUGUUGCGGCGCGCUCGAUCGCAUGCUUCUGUUUUCACUCGUUCUAGUUCAGAGCCUUCUGCAAACACUGAGGAUAUGCAGGGGGGCACGAAACCUUCACUUCCUGUAUUGUGGAAGUUCGGGUUUACUUCUACUGGCAAAGAGAAUGAGAAGGAAAAAGAACGGUCUGUAGACUGAUACGUCAUGAAGGCAAUGUGAAGUUUGCGUUGAUGAGCUCGAACGUGUAAUUAUAGCGAGGACUCUAUGCAUGGUUGGGUAAAAUCUAGGUAUGUAUCUUGUACUUUAAAUUUUACGCUUUGAUAGCGAAGUAUGUCCUCUUAUGAUCAAUUGAAGUAACCGUGAGCGUUCUUUAUCGCGGCCCAAUGAUUGGUGAUUACAACUGGACUCAAA